CGUUCAUCUCGAGUUAGUCUCAUUUACCACGUCGUCGAGAGCGAAUUGGUGCGGCGGCGAUCGACGGCGAUCGGCGGCGACAAGUGACCUUCGCGUACACGGCGACGCAUUUAUUUGCAUGCAUUAUACCGAGUAGCAUUAUUUCGUAGCAGCAUUCAAAAUGUUGAGAGCAGCGCGGAGCAGUUGGUCGACGUGUCUUCUAACAAAGAAGGCGAGACUUGCGGUCCCCAGGCAGCUGGCAACAGUUCCAGACAACCACCAAGAGCCGGUCGAGACGCCAACCUUGCCAGAAAGUGCAGAUGUCGUCAUUAUAGGCGGUGGCUCUGCUGGUUGCAACACUCUGUACCAACUAGCUCGUCGGGGGGUACGUGCGGUGCUGCUGGAAAAAGCUCGUCUAACGGCCGGCACCACGUGGCACACGGCCGGCUUAAUUUGGCGUCUGCGGCCCAACGACGUGGAAAUCCAGCUUCUGGCCACCACCAGGGACCUGCUGAUGAGGCUCGAGGCUGAGACCGGCAUCGACCCUGGCUGGAUCAACAAUGGCGGCCUCUUUAUUGCCCAUUCCAAAGAACGUCUUGACGAGUACCGCCGCUUGGCCACCGCCGGCAGAUUUUUCGGGAUCGAAUCCCAAUUGCUGAGCCCCGCUGAGACGAGCCGUCUCUUCCCUUUGAUCGACGAGAAGGCCCUGUACGGAGCCCUGUACAGCCCCGGCGACGGCACCGUCGACCCAACCGGCAUGUGCGCGGCGCUCACCAAAGCGGCCAGCCGCUCUGGCGGCAGGGUUAUAGAAGGAUGCAGCGUGUCCGGCAUUCAAGUGGAAAGAAAUAUGUUCGGAACGAAGCAAAUUUCAGCGGUGAAAACGCCCUUUGGCACCAUCAAAACUGAGUGCGUCGUCAAUUGUGCUGGAGUGUGGGCGCGCGAGAUUGCAGCCAUGGUGGGUCAGCACAUCCCUCUGGUUCCCAUGAAACACGCGUAUGUGGUAACCGAGGAGGUGCCCGGCGGAGCGCGGACCCUGCCAAAUGUCAGAGAUCACGACUCAUCCGUCUACUUUCGAGUGCAGGGGGACGCCUUGUGUGUCGGCGGGUACGAACCCAAUCCCAUCAUUUUGGACAGUGUGGCCAAAGAUUUCAUGUUCGGCCUGUACGAGCUCGACUGGGACGUGUUCGGCGUCCACGUCCGUGGGGCGGUCCAACUGGCUCCUCUCCUGGAAACAACGGGCAUCAAGUCGACAGUUUGCGGGCCGGAAAGUUUCACGCCCGACCAUAAACCCUUGCUCGGCGAGGACCCGAAAAUACGCGGCUUCUUUUACGGGUGCGGAUUCAACUCAUCAGGCAUGAUGUUGGGCGGAGGGUGCGGAGAGCAGCUAGCCCAAUGGAUCAUCAACGGUCGGCCCGAGCUGGCCAUGUACGCCUACGACAUUAGACGCUUCACCACGGAGCAAAGGAAAGACGUGGCGUGGGCCAAAGAGCGCAGUCACGAGAGCUACGCCAAAAAUUACAGCAUCGUCUUCCCGCACGACGAGCCUCUCGCCGGAAGGAAUUUCAAGCAGGGCCCGUUCCAUAAGGAACUACUCGAGGAGGGCUGCGUAUUUCAAGAACGGCUGGGCUGGGAGCGGCCUGGCUGGUUCACCCUGCGAGGCCCCGCUCCAGUCCCGAAAUACGACUGGUACGGUGCUUACGGCAAUUCAAAGAACCCGCCCUCCGUGUAUAAGGAACUGCUCCAGGGCGAUUACUCGUUUGGCCACCCUGAGCAUCACCACGUGAUUGGCCAGGAGUGUCACGCCUGCCGCAAUCAAGUGGCCCUUUUUGACAUGUCCUACUUCGGCAAGCUCUAUUUGAGCGGGCCAGAAGCUCAGUUGGCAGCCGACUGGCUCUUCACCGCAGACACACAGCGGCCCAUUGGCAGAACGGUUUACACGUGCAGCCUGAACAAGCGGGGCGGAGUUGAGGCCGACCUGACUGUCAGCGCGAUCGAAACUGGACAUGGAGGACAAGUGGACCCCAUUUUCAAGGGCAGAGGCUUUUAUUUAGCAGUUGGAGGUGCCUCGGCCCAGCACUCGUGGGCACACAUCAACUGGGUGCUCAAGGAGAGACAGUUCAAGGCUCAAGUUUCUGAUUUGAGCCAAGGAAUGGGACUCCUGUCUAUUCAAGGUCCAAACAGUCGAGCUCUUCUGCAGAAUCUCGUAGACACUGAUCUGAACAACGACUCAUUCCCGUUCUCAACCACGAAGCUAGUCAGAGUUGCAGGCCACCUGUGCCGCGCGAUGAGGAUCAGCUUUGUCGGGGAACUCGGCUGGGAACUGCAUAUCCCGAUCGACUCGUGCAAACACGUGUAUAGGGCAAUCGUGCACGAGGGGAAGAAACACGGUCUCCGCCAUGCGGGCUACCGGGCGAUCGAUUCGCUGAGUGCCGAGAAGGGCUUCCAUUUGUGGAAUGUGGACCUCCGGUCGGACGACAACCCCUUAGAGGCCGGUCUCGGCUUCACGUGCCGCAAAAGUGGCAGCGAUUACCUGGGCCGAGCGGCCGUCGAGGAGACACGCAAAAAGGGGCUCGCCAAGAAGAGGGUUUUCUUCGAACUGAAAGAGCAAGUGCCCGUCUGGGGCCUGGAGGCCGUCUACAGGGACGGAGUAGUCGUCGGCUACCUUAGACGUGGAGAGUUUGGCUUCACGCUCAACGCCAGCGUCGGAUUCGGAUACAUUCGUCGGCCGGAUGGACUGCCAGUGACCAACGACUUCGUCAGCAGCGGAAAAUACGAGAUCGAAGUGAUGGGCGAUCGCAUUCCCGCAGUCGCUCACUUAAAAAGCCCCUUCGAUCCGGCAGGAAAACGGGUGCAGGGAAUUUACGACGACUAACUGUCUAGCCAAGUGAGGCGAAUAUAUAUCGUCUGACGCAACCGCAGCAGAGCGAGGAGUUUCCCAGUCGCUAUGCAGCAACGAAAAUUCAGACCAGACACUCUCCGAGGCACAGAUCUUUUGUUGUAGCUCUACUUUCCCUUUGGGGGAUUACCUUUAUUUUUUAUCGUGUGUUGCCAAAUGCACACUAACUGAGGCAUUAUUUUUUGUAAAUUGGAUUUCAAUAUUAUUAAUGAUCUUAACUGAGCAAUAUGAAAAUAAGCGCUGCCAUUUACUGCCACUUCAAAUGACUUUAACACAUUGUGAUAUUACUUGUAAAUAUGUUCUUCGUGGAUAAGUUAAUAAAAUAUACACCUAUUUGAGCUACAA